AUGGCUGACAUGAAUACAAUCUCUCUCAAAGCGCCAUCGCUCGGCGCAGAGCUAAUUGGAACAGUCGACAAAGAUAAUGACAUCGCUCUCUUCCGGGGCAUCCCCUACGCAACCCUCAUCAAGCGAUGGACGCAUAGCCAGACAAAGGAUUCCCUGGAUAGUGUUUUUGAUGCGACGAGGCUUGGUUGUCGAUGCAACCAAUUGAACGGAUUGGUGUUGGUCUCCGGUGGAAGCAAUGAUCCCCUCCCUGGAGACGACGAGUUCGAAUGUCUCAAUCUCAACAUUGCACUUCCUCGGGAAUCUUUGGACCAACAGGCAGCCAAGCCGCUCCCUGUCAUGGUCUGGAUUCAUGGUGGUGGCUUUGCGUUUGGCGCCAAUUCAGUGGCACGAUAUCGCCCUCAAGCGCUCGUCGCCCAUGCGCGUGAUUCUAAGACCCCGAUAAUUUUAGUCUCGAUCAAUUAUCGCCUCGGAGCCCUGGGCUUUUCUGCGUCCGAAGAUCUGGCUCAAGAGAGCAACGGAGGCUCAAAAACACACCCUGUUGGAAAUUAUGGUAUUAUUGACCAGCGCAAUGCGCUGGAAUGGGUAAAUAGACACAUCCAAGACUUCGGUGGCGACCCAUCCAACAUCACUGUUUUUGGUGUGAGUGCUGGCAGUGUCAGCAUUCAUAUGCACCUUUUGGCCGAACAUGCGCUGUUCGAUCGGGCAAUCAUGAUGUCCGGGGCGGCUCCAAUUCUCAGCCCUUUGCCGAUGGAGAUUUAUCAAAAAGAAUGGGAGCGGCUCUGCCAGAAGACCGGAAUCAACACUGCGAGCCCCUCAGAGCGAUUGAAACAGCUUCGGGCGCUGAGUGUGGAUGAAAUACUGAAGAACUCCAGUCCUGCCGCCAUGGGACCUUCCGAGGACGGGAAACUGCUCCAAUCAGGCUGGACUUAUGCCGAUAAUGUUGCCAAUACGCGCUGCAAAGAAAUCAUUUUGGGAGACACAAAUGUCGAGGCAAUUAUUUUCGACGGGCUGCUUCGACGUCUAUCUCAAGAACGCUUCCAUCAGCUGGUUGAUGAAGCACUUCCGAGUGACUUUGCCGAACAGCUAUAUGUCAAAUUUGGAUUCAGUCGAGAGCUCCAGUCGGAGGACUUAUUCCGCAAAGCCUUCCGGCUGCUUGUCGGCAAUACGCUGUUUAACUACUCACACGUUGGUAUCGCAAACGCAUCCAGAAACUCCGAGGCUUGGCGAGACAAGAUCCAUCUUUACCACUUCGAAGAACCAUCCCCGUUCCCAGGUCCAACCCAGGGUAUCUCCUACCAUGGACUGUGUGCAAUGCUCAUGCAUCUCAACGAGUUCUCCAACUGUCCACCCCCGACGCAACGAGUGUCCUUAGAAGUUGCUCGGCUCUGGGCUGCAUUUGCUCACGGGCAGCAACCGUGGGAACCGUAUUCCCAGAACCAGAAAUUCAUGCGCUUUGGACCAGAUGGAGAGUCUGGAUUGUUUGAUUUUAAGAGCGAUGAUGUGAGAGAUUACCAGUUCCAGGAUUGGCUUGGUGAGAAUAUCGCACAGGUGGGACGCUUUGUGCGUGGCCUUGUUUUGGAUUUGGAGAACAACGAUAUCUAG